UAAUGUUAGAAAAUAUGAUAACAAAAAAACCUAACUUUGAAAACAAAGCUAAAUCUUAGAAUUAAAAAGCAAGAUUUCUAAAUGAGAAGUAAGAGAGUGAGCAUCCACCUUAGAUGAGAAAUGCAUAACGGUUUUUGUAAUUGCAUUUAUAAAUAAAGAAAGUCGAAAACCAAAAGCAACUUAAGAGAUGAUUGUUCUACCUUAGCCAACAAUAUAAUAUGGAUAACCAGUAUUAGAAUAAAAUAAAUUUAAAUUUAGUAUGUUCCAAAGCCAAUUCCAAUACCUGAGGCAAUAAAAUAGAUAGAUAAAAAAAUAAAGGCUUAUCGUUUAGUGAUGGAGAGAGAGAGAUAAGAGAAAUUAUAAAGGGAAUUAUAAGAGUAGCAAAGAUAGAAUGAGAAUGAAGAGGAGAUGAAAAGGACUUUAGAUUUUAUGACAAAUCCUUAGAUAGUUGAUUAAAAAGAAGAGGAGAUAUAAUAAGAGGAAGAGGAAGGGGAAGAAUAAUUAUUUGAUGAGGAACCAAAAGUAUAAGAAGAAUAACCAAGACCUAAAAUUGAGAGUGAGAAAAUAUCAUACUUAGAGGCAGUGAAAAAGAGAGAGGAAAUUUAUGAUCAUACACUUUAAAGAAUAUAUGAGAAAAGAUAAAAUCCAUUAUUAUUUGCAGUAUUAAAUAAUCAUUUAUUAAAAGAAAUUUAAGAAGAAACCUCCUAUAUUAAAUAUAACAUCCAAAAAUAAGAUAAUUAAAGGGAAUGGAAGAAUGGAUCCUGAAGAACAUAAAUUAAGAGUAUUUAAUAGAGAGAAUGUUCCAACUAUGCCAGAUUUAAUUAUUCCUUCAUUUACAAUUAAAAAGGAUUAGAUGGCCAAAAAUAUACUGGCAUAUUUAGUAUUAUUAAUAAUUUAUUUAAAUAGAAAGAAUAUACUCCAUUAUUUCGUGGAUUUAAGAAUUAUGAAUAUCCAAAAUGUGUUUAAAAUAUCCUUUAAGAAGAAAUAGAAUCAUUGCCGAAAUAAUGA